AUGUAUUUUCUCUGUAAAGAAUUAUUCCCCAUGAUUUUCUAUCUACACACACUCUUUUUCUUUUUUGAAACAGGGUUAAAGCUAGCUUUGGCUGGGUCUGUGAAAGAUUCGGUAGUAGGUGAAGAACGUAUUGCUCAGUACUUACUGGCAGUUUUGAAUACUCGGGGUACCCCCCUCCACUGGAAGCACUUGGUUAGUAGAAGAAUAGAUGGUGCAGAUGAAUCUGAUGACAAACAUGAAUAUAAUCUCAAAGAUCUUCUGCCAAAAAGGAGGAAGCCCAUAAAUAGAUCUGAUGUGCACUACAUUGAGGAUCUUGUAACGGAAGUACAACGUGCACUUUUUGUAACUCUCUCAGAAUUCAAUGGUAGUGUAGAAUAUGAAGCUGACUUGGAGAAUCUCAUAGAACAUCAGUUUGAAGCACUUCAGAAGGCGCUGAAGAUACCUCACAAGGCAUCAGAGGCACGUACUAUGGUAUCAAAAAAGUUUCUCACUUUAUUUAGGACCGGUAAACUUGGUCCUUUCAUUCUUGAUGAUGUCCCUAACGCCUCUAAUUCUGUACCUUGAAAUUUUGUGGCUGUUUUUUUUUAAUAUAUCUAUACUGAGCACAUUUUAUUAUUGAAUUUUCUGAUUGAAAAAAUGUAUUUUCUCUGUAAA